AAGAAAAACGAAGAAAAUACACAUCUGAAAGUGGAACAGUUUAGUUACAAAAUAAUAAUUUGCUGUAACGGGCGUAAUGAAUAAAAGAAAUGUAUAUUAUCGAAGAAGAAACUGUACGAUAACACUUGCAGAUUCGUGCUGCCCGUGUUAUCAGCAGCUAACAUGAACAGCACUAGACAUUGUCAGCCUGACUUAAGCAGCAGCUGACGAAGUUAUCCCUCGAUAAUCUGCCUGCUGACGUCUCUGUGAAGCUAGUUAGCUAGAGAACAAGCCUGUCAAUUAGCAAGGUUGACCGUGGUGAUGGCCACAGCCGUACCAGAGAGCCUGGCACCCGCAGGGGAUGCACCAUUCAGUGGCGGCACCAACCAGGCACCCGCAGCGGAGGCGGCUCUCACCUGCGGUGUGUGUCUUACAGACUUCGACGCGAUGUUCCGGCGGCCGUUGCUGCUGCCUCGCUGCGGCCACACCUUCUGCAGACUCUGUAUCAAAGACCUGGCCGCCAGGGGCGACAUUAUCUGUCCUUCCUGUAGACAGAAAUAUGAAAACGUGGAACCUGACAGUCUUCCAGUAAACUUUAAUAUACAGUGCUUGGCUUCCUCCAGCAAGAUCCAUACUGCCUUGCAGGCAGAGGACUCGGGCAGCUUGUGUCCUGAACAUCGAGUUCGACUGUCGUUCUGGUGCAGCAGCUGCGAUGCGGCAGCCUGCGGAGAGUGCCUCUUCGACCACCACCCCAGGAACAGUCAUUCCGUUUGUCGCAUCCAGGAGGUGGUCACACAGGUGAAGGAACGUGCUGAGCGCCUCUCUAUAGCAAGCUGCGAGGAAGUGGUAAUUCGUCUAGGGUACUCCGUCACCCGCACACUACGUGACUUGUCAGACAUACAGGAGGCAGCUCACCUACUGCAAGAGACAACAAGGAUCUAUCGCAAGGCUCAGUCAGCCAACACUUUGUCGUCCAUCACGUCCGUCUUCGAGUCGGCCAAAACAGUGCGUGAUAGGGUGUGGGCUCUACAGGACGGCAUUGAGGAGGGCAACUCUGUCAGCAUACCUGACCAGGUGAUCUUGAGCUCGAGGCCGGCCGUGCUAGCCCUCAGUGAAGGUGGAGGUCUGGCUCAGGUGAAGGUGGAGAAGAAGGGCAUCCAUGUAUACAGCCUCAGGCCUGCCUCCACUGCUUACAGUGUCGCCAUCAAGCUGACGGUGCUGAUGUCAUGUGUGAAGAAGGAGUCGCCGAUGGUGUUUCUGGACAUCAAGGCAGGAGAGCGUCGUCUUGGCCGUGUUUACAUUACGUUGGUGGGCAAAAUGAAGCGCUCACAGCAAUUUCAGGCUCUUUGUCUGGGUACCUUGGGACCCUGCUACCGCGGUACUAGGUUCGAUGGUAUGAGUGAGAAGGGGCAACCAGGGGAGUACUUGAGGGGCGGCGACUACCAGGGUAAAGGAGGCCUCGGUGGUGAAGCUCUUAUGGAUAAUCUCGAGUGGGGCAGAGAGUGGAGCCAGCCCAAGACUGCUGGGCAGGUGUGUGGAGUAGGAGGUGAGGAACAACGUAAGUUCGGCUCACUUUUCGCUGUGUGUCUCCGUGACAACCCCGACGACGUCUUCAAAUGUCCCUUCGGCAAUGUGACGGAGGGGCUGGAGGUGCUGCAGGUCGCCGGCAGACAUGAACCUUUCAACGUCGUCCAUGUUGGUGACUGUGGCCUUCUCAUACCCCUCUCAUAAGAAGAACAUA